CUCGCUCCGGGCCUUGUUUUGGGAGUGUAAACAGAGCGCUGAGAGGAGCAGGAGGAGGAGAAACAGCGGAAACUGGUGGAUUUCUGAUCAUGCCAGACUCAUAACCCUGCUGUAAACGCUCUUCUGGAGGCUUUACUGUCGGAAUAAGUCGAGUUAUAGCGUGUUUAAACGCUGGCUUGAGGAAUAAACGGCGUUUUUUGGGGGUUUGUGUGCGUUUGGGAGCAGCCUGAGGAAGCGUUACAGUAGCUGCGGUGAGAAGACUGGAGCAUCCUGCUUCAUCAUGGGGUGUGCUGGUCUCUCCUGUAUAGGGGCUCCAAUGGGGUUCCUGACCUUUGCCCUGUGCUGCAUGCUGGCGCCCUCUCCUGGACAGGCCUUUAUAUUCGCUCACUACAGUAAUAUGACCUCUAUGCUGCUGGAGGAUCUGCCCGCUCUAUUUGGCUCGCCACUGUCUAAGGAUGGAGUGAUGGGUUUACUGGUGGAGUCUCGGCCGCUGAAUGCCUGCGCUCCUAUAGAUCCUCCUCCAGCAUCGCCCACUCCCUCUGAUCCAAACAGCACCACUAAGUACAUCGUACUGAUCCGCCGCUACGACUGCAACUUCGACAUCAAGGUCCUGCAUGCACAACAGGCAGGCUACAGUGCUGCCAUCAUCCACAACAUGUACUCUAACACACUCCUGAACAUGAACUACAGCAAUGAAACCAUUGCAGAUAUGAUUGACAUCCCCUCAGUGUUCACCAGCUACUACGCCUACCAGAUCCUCCGCAGCUUCAUCAUACCUGAGAAAGGGGCGUACGUCAUCCUGAAGCCGGAUUUCUCCUUCCCUCUCACCUACUAUCUGAUCCCCUUCACCGGCGUGGUGGGCCUCAUCUUCAUCGUCAUGGUCAUUAUACUGGCCGUGCGCUGUGUGCAGUACAGGAAGAGGAUGAGGAAGAACAGACUGUCGAAAGAGCAGCUGAAGAAGAUCCCCAUUCACAAGUUCAAUAAAGGUGAUGAGUAUGAUGUGUGCGCUAUCUGUCUGGAUGAAUAUGAGGAGGGGGAUAAGCUGCGAGUGCUGCCCUGUUCACAUGCCUACCACUGCAAGUGCGUGGACCCCUGGCUCACGCAGACCAAGAAAACGUGUCCCGUCUGCAAACAGCGCGUGACCCGCUCCAACCUGGACUACUCUGAGUGCUCCGACUCUGACGAAGAGGCGCCGUCUCACAGGGGCGAGGACGAAGUGGGCGGAGCCUCGGCGGGGGCAGAGUCAGAGCGUACGCCGUUGCUCCGCCCCUCCAACCCCUCGUCGCCUAUGUCCGGGAGCCCGCCGGCCCACACCUACGACUCCAUCGUCGACACCAUGACGACUGUCGCCACAGUGACCACCUCCGCCCAGUGCCUGACGCGGGAUUCGCCGCUGCUGGACUACGAGAGAUAUUACUCGCCCGAGGAGGAUUCUGAAGAAGAUACGGAGGAGGAGGAGGAGGAUGAUAAUGGCGGAGACGGAGACGACGACACGAAGCAGCUUAUCGCCCGCGGAGCCAUCGGUGUGUGAGACGAGGAGGAAGAGGAAGCAUCGCUGUGUAAAGGAUCCUCUAAAUACAAGCGUAUUUAGGAUUGUUUAGGUCAUUUUUAAAAAUGUUAAACGGUCAAUUUUAUUAAUAUCCGAGGCUUUUUUGCAGUAAAAGUGGAAAUUACAGUGACGUACGCCUCGGUUUUCACACCGCUGUCGCUGCACUGACCUGUAAAAUAUAAAAUAACACAAGCACCUGACGAGCGCAGGCCGCAGCCAAUCGGAAACUGUCGUUUUUAUCGUGAAACGCAAAAUGCCCGCUGUUUUCUGUUACCGCCCCAAAAAUUUGAGUAGAACGAAGCCGGUGUUGUAAAAAAAAUAAAAAAGAAAAGGAACACUGUCACGCUGCAGCACUGCACCGUCGUGCAAUACGGACCUGAUGCCAGUUUGUACAUGAGUUUCUGUUAUAGUGGUCUGUUUUUGACGAGACGUGCAAUGACGAAGUGAAGAACUCGCAGAUUAGAUACGAAACGUCUGCUAAGAUUCCCUCUCUUCUGCCUGAUUUCUGUUUUCUGUUUUUACCUGUAUCUCUUUUUUUUUAAAGAUUUAUUUUGUUUAGUGGUUUGGAUUAGAUCAGUUACACACGCUAAUAGGGCAAAUACACUUUCACAAGCACAUGCACUAAUCAUAAUCUAUAGGUUUCGGUUUAUCUAUAUAUCAUUCGUAGGUAUUUAUAGGUAAUUUGGAUGCAAUUUAAUUCAAAUUAAAUAUCUGUAGUUGAUUAUAGUUAACUGGAUUAUCUAUAGGUAAUCUGUAGGUAUCUGUUGGUAAUUGUGGGUUAUCUAUAGAUAAUCUGUAGGUAACUAUAUGUAAUAGGUAUCUGUAGGUAUCUAUAGAUAACAAGGUUAUCUAUAGGUGAUCUGUAGGUAACUAGGUAACAGGGUUGUCUGUAGGUAACUAUAGGUAAUUUGGUUAUCUAUAAAUAAUCUUUAGGUAUCUAUAGGUAGCUGGGUUAUCUAUAGGUAAUCUGUAGGUAAUUAUAGAUAACUGGGUUAUUUGUGGAUAAUCUGUAGGUAUCUAUAAUGAACUGGGUUAACUGUAGGCAAUAUGUAGGUAUCUAUAGGUACCUGGGUAAUCUAUUGGUUAAAUUUAGGUAUCUAUAGGUAACUGGGUUAUCUGUAGGUAAUCAGUAGGCAUCUAUAGGUAACCGGGUUAACUGUAGGCAGUCUGUAGGUAUCUAUGGGUAACAGGGUUGUCUGUAGGUAAUCCAUAGGUAGCUAUAGAUAAUUGAGUUGUAUAUAGGUGAUCUGUAGGUAUCUAUAGGUAACUGGGUUAUCUAUAAGUUCUAUGUAGGCAUCUAUUGAUAACUGGAAUAUCUGUUGGCAAUCUGUUGGAGUGAAUGAUCUAUAGGUAAUCCAUAGACAAGUAACAGCACAUUAUCUAUAGGUGAUCUAUCGCUAUCUAUGGGAAUGUGUGGGGUGGCACUUUUUAUGGUUAUUUUAAGUUUUUUUUUGUAGCUCAGUAAACCCUUAGUUAUUUUUCCACCUCCAGUUUUUUAUUCGAUGAAUAAGCUUUUUAACAGUCUGAUAUGUGCUUCUUAAUGAAAGUGAAAGUGUUUGGCUGAAAUUUACCACUUCAUUUACUGUUAUGUUAAACUGCUCAAACCCACCUAAUUUUAAGUCUAAUUUUAUUAUGAGCAAACAUUUGUAGAGGUCUUUGGAACAAAAAAAUACAUAACUGUAUAAUUUUAUCCAGUCAGAAUAAGUACAAAGUUGAGAUAUUGCAUAUGAAUGGGUUAGAGAACCACUUUUAUAAAAUGUACAGUAUGAAGAACCACAAUGACAUGUAAAGAAUCUACAUCAAGAUCGCUUCUAGAAGCAAAGAACUGUUAAGAAAGCUUUUAAGGAAUUUUUAGAAUGAACUUUAAUGAAUUUGUGCCUGAAUUUGGAAAUAUUAUUUAUCCUCCACAGUCUCCGCCCUGUAUAAGAUGAGCGUACAGCGUUUAUUAUUAGCGUAUUUGUAAUGUAAAUUGAUGUAAAUCUGCAAUCUCAUAUCUUUGUAUAGCUUGUAGUGUGAGCUAGGGGUUUAUUUCCUGUCUGAAUGUAAUCUGAAGCACACCUGAGUAACACUACGAUCCGCAGGUUUACAGCCACGCCCCCUGAGCACAGGGCCGGGACCAAUAACGUCUGAUUUAUUUCACUUCUGUUGUUUCUUUUUUUGCAUUGCUGUUGUUUUCUAAUAUGUUAGAGCUGUGUCUGUAAUCUCAUUCCUGAUGUAUCACUCUGACCAUUUCUCUACUGUUGUACCAUCUCUGCAUUCGUGCCAUAAAGAGAAUUUUACCUAACGAGA